AUGUCAUAUUUCAAUGAUGAGGAAGAUGUCGAAUUUGUUGAGAAAAUCACCAUCAGGGUUGGGAUUUGUGCAAUGAACAAGAAGGUAAGCAGUAUGUCUAACCCUAAAGUUGCUACAGCUAGUUCAAUGCUGGAAUGCUGCCUCUGUCCUGAGCGUUUAUUUUAACUCUGCUCAGAAAACAUAAAGGAUUAAGAGCCCAUGCAACUGGUUUGACAGCUCUACACGCGUAAAAAUCUCACAUCUUGUAGCAAGUCUGCCAACAAGUUACAUCUGUCAACCUUAAAAUUUUAAAACAGGGAGAUUUCGCUAUUUAGCCCUUAAAAAACCCGGAGAUGUUAGCAGAAAUCAGCAUUUUCCAAACUUGUCACAGCAACUGGGAACAAGCAGUGCGAACACAACUUGUUGGCAGCUUGUGAACAGAUUUGUAAGAACCUGUUUGCAGACCUGUAACAACUUGUGUAUUUUUACGUGCAUAGGGCUCAUCUACACAUGUAAAAAUGCACAAGUUGUUACAGGUCUGCAAACAAGUUGUUACAAAUUUGUUGCUUGUUCGGUGUUAACAACUUGUAACAAGCUCGAUGGCAUUAUCAGUCUUGUUACAAGGUUGUUCUAACAAGUCUGAUACAGUCAUGAUAUAACAAGGAUGUUGCACGGUUGACAACAGAAGGUUGUAACAAUAUUGUUAUAUCGUCACUGUAUCAGACUUGUUGGAACAACCUUGCAACAAGUCUGAUAAUAUUGACAAGGUAAUUGUUACAACUAUUAAAGCUAGGCCAUGUAAAGUCUGUAAUGUUUACAUUUUGAGCUCAGUGCUAUGUACAGUUGUAAAAUAUGAUUAGAUAUAUAUUAUAUACUGAAUUUUUAACACUCUUCUGGUUCGCUAUGCUUGUAAAUGAAUGCAGACUAGAGAUUCAAUUCAAUAAAGUUCGGAAGGGGCGAAAUAUUAAUAACAUUCCAAUAAUUGCCAGAUCCCGACCAUUGGAAUGUAGGCCUGCGCAGAAUUGACUUUUCGUGGUCUUUAACAAGUUGUUCCAUACAGUACUGUACAUGUUGACAACUUGGGACAAGCAGUGCGAACACAACUUGACGGCUUGUUUGCAGACUUGCUACAAGAUGUGAAAUUUUUGCAUGUGUUUACCAAGGAUGCCAGAAGUUGCUUAGGGCAACGGAUGCAAUUUGUUUUCAAAAGGGCAUAAUUUAUUUGCAUAAUUUUUUAGCAAAUGGGCACAAAGAUCAAAGGCCACUUGACUAGUUGUAACAUAAUUUAUUAAAAAUCAGAAAGUUGUGAAUACAAAACGCCUUUCAGGCAUCCCUGAACUAUACAUACACAAUACUGAUCAAUCAUACGAUUAGUCAUAUAUGUGAACCACAAUCAAUCUCUUAGGGUGUGUUUACACACUGUGAUUUGUUGUGUAUGAUUUGUAUUCUGGCUAAUUUUUUUGUUUAUAGUGCAGUUAUAAAUUUAAAUCAGACCUAGCAAAAUGGCAGCAAAACUCAAAAAUAUAAAUUUCCUGUGUAUAAGUCAAAUACAAAACUUCCUGGUUAGGUAAAUUUCUGAGAACGUAUGGUGCUGCACAUUAUAAUUUGCAGGGCUCAAAAUAAUGGCCGAUCAUAGUGACCGAGCACAUACUGGCUCUGGGACGAGAUUGAUUUUUGUGCUGUUGUGGAGCCGUUAAAUAUUAUGUAAGGAUUUUCUUUGUAUUAAACUUUUCAUUUGAAUUUAAGUUGUUGAAUUUCUGAUGCCAUCUGCUGGUCAGAUAACUUAUAAUAGACCAAAUUAAGAAAUGACGAAGUUUAUUUUUAAAACUUUAUUGUGUUAUAAUUAUACUGCGUACAUCUCGGGAUCAACAGAAUCGACAGUCACAAUUGAAGUUGAGAGCGCCGCAAGCUGGAAUUUGAUUGUUGCUCAAUACAUUAAGUGAUUAAUGCGUUGCAGGGAAGCGAGUAUUUGUGGGAUCUCAUGGGAGUUGGCCGGUCAGAAAUCGCAUUUGACCAGCCACAAUUGGAACUGACCAGCAUAUGUACUCGAAUAAAUGCAUGACUGUACAGAUGUCGCAUUUCAAACUUCGCCAUAAACUGAAAAAUAGAACUGUCAGAAGUAGUGGUAUCAGCAGUCGUUUUCAUAUGCCAGAAUUAAUGACAACUGUAUAUGAAUAUAUUAUGUAUAUAUAAUUGCACACCCCAAGCAAGCAGGCAAGUGCUAAGUUACACCACUGGAAGUACUGUCCCUGGCAUCACUGUAACGUUGUUCUAACCCCCCCCCCCCUGUUCACUGGACCCUCGCGUUUCAGCUUUGCUAACUGUACCAGUAUGCUUUACUUUGUAGAGUCAUUCUCGACCCAUGAAGGAAAUUCUGGAUCGUCUUGCAAAAUUUGACAUGUUUGAAAUAGUUGUGUUUUCUGACGAG